AUGCAGUCUUAAUUACCAAAUAUUCAUGAUAGAUCAUUACAAUAUGGUGAUAAUCCAUUUUAUGUUCCUGAUGAAUAUGAGAUAUAUAAAUUAAAAGAGAAAUCCAAAUAAGCCAGAUCUGAAGAAAGAAUUAAGUUUUCAAAAUUGAAGAUUCAAGAUAAAAGUAAAAAAUAGAAAGGAUUUUUUACAAUGAGAACACUAGAUCGAUUAGGUAGUGAAGAAACAUCAAUAGAUAAGGAAGAAUAAGAAAAAAUGUAUAAAUUAAAUAUGAUUAAAGUAAUAUUGUAGAAGCUGCAAAUAGUGCAUUGAAAAAUAGAGUUAGAUAGAGAGAACCCAUGCAUUAAUUUUUAGAAAAGAAAAGAGAUAUGUUAUUGUUUUAAAUGCUAAUUGAUUAAAAAAGAGAAAUGAUUGAUGAAUAUGAAAAGUUAACUAGAUCCCAUAGAAAAGGAUUAGAAUAAAGUGAAUAAUUAAUUGAUGAGGAUAUUGAGAUGUUUAAUAAAUUUUUAGAAGUUAAUAAUAAUAGUUCUAGAGAGGCAAUUAAAGAAGCAGAGAAUGAAACAAGAUUAAAAUAAGAAAAAACUAAUGAAAUUAAAUUAUUAUUAGAACAUAGAACUGAAUUACUGACCAAAAAUUAAUAGAAAGUAGACAAUUUAGAAGAUUUAAUAAAAUAUAAAAGAUUUUUAGAUAGAAUAAUUCCAAAAGAAUUUUAAAAAAAGAAUAGAAAGGAAAAGAAUAAAGAUAAAAAUAAAGGCAAUCCUAAAGAAAAUUAUAUAAGUUCUGAUUUAUAAAAAAUAUUGGAGGAUUCUGAAGAUGAAUUUGAUACUUAUUUUUAAGACCCUUAAUAAUUAGUUGAUAUAUUCUCAUAAUUGGAAGAAAGAAAUCUUUUUUUGAUAGCUAAUACAAAAGAGAGAGAAUAAAUGGUUGAAGAAUUAAGGGCAAAGGUAGAUUUGAAGAGAAAAUAAUUAGAGGAUAAAAAAUAAAAUGCUAUAUAGAAUAAAUUAGAUUUAGAAAAAUAGAUUAUAACAGUUAAUGAUUAGAUUAAAGUCUUAAAGAGUAUAAAGAAUGAUAAUGAAGGGUUUGAAUCACUUCAUAAUUUGGAGAUUAUGAUUUCUCGUAUAUAUAAAACAGAUAUAAAUCCAGAACCUAGAAAAGAUAUGACAGGAUUGGAAAUGUUAAGAGAAACUGAAAGAAAAUUAGAAUAAUAUAUUUUAGAGAUAAAAAGAUAUAGAUAGAUAGCACCAGAUAUUGUAUUAGACAAAGAGAAAGGUUGUAUAAGAGUGAAAAAAGAUAAAAUGAAAUAAGAAAAAUAAGAAUAAGAUUAGAUAGAAAUGUAAAAAAAAUAAUAAGAAUAAUAAAAAGAAAUUAUUAUUUAAAAGAGAUUUGGAAGACCAAUCAUGAUAAGAUCAUGGCCACCAAAAGAAGAAAAAGAAGAAUAAAUUGUAACUGAAAUAAGUGAAGAAGAGAAAGAAAGAUUAAAAUAUUUUACAUGA